GGAAGAGGUGGAGGUCGGGGGAGCUCCUCGUGAGUGCUCGGAGUUCCCGUUAGCGCCGUGCUAUGUGUGUGUCUUAUGUUACAGCCAUGCCGCACAUCAGUGGCCAGAGCGAGGGGAGAGGGGAGGAAAAGCCUGUUUACACAGACUGCAAACCGCCUGGGGAAUAAUGCAGGAAAGGAAGUGAGCCGGCUCUCUGUCUGACUGCUCCGACUUCCUGCUCACACAGACACACAGACACACACACACACACACACACCCCGACCGAAAAGAAAAAAGAAAAAAAAAAAAAAGAAAGAAAAAAAAAACGGGGAAAAAAAUCAGGAUCUCAUUACAACAGCAACAGAGCGUUUGCAGAAGGCUGUCAGCAUGGGAAAGCGGGGGGUUUUACCCGGCUCCCUCUGAACACCGCGAGGCAGCGGGAGGGACCCGCACGCUCUGGGUAUGGAGAGUGCAAUCACACUGUGGCAGUUCCUUUUGCAGUUGCUGCUAGACCAGAAACAUGAGCACCUGAUUUGCUGGACGUCUAAUGAUGGCGAAUUCAAGCUACUCAAGGCAGAAGAAGUGGCUAAGCUGUGGGGACUCAGAAAAAACAAAACUAAUAUGAACUAUGACAAGCUGAGCCGAGCGCUCAGAUACUAUUAUGACAAGAACAUCAUCAAGAAGGUGAUUGGACAAAAAUUUGUGUACAAGUUUGUGUCCUUCCCUGACAUUUUAAAGAUGGAUCCACACGCCGUGGAAAUCAGCAGAGAGAGCCUUUUGCUGCAGGACAGCGACUGUAAGAUGGCCGCCGAGAGCAGGGACGUGCACAAGCACAGCUUGUCGGCACUGAAGAGCACAAGCCGCAACGAGUACAUCCACUCCGGCCUGUACUCCUCCUUCACCAUCAACUCUCUGCAGAACCAGCCAGACGCUUACAAGCCAAUCAAAACAGAAAAACUGGAGGAGAAGUCGGAAGGAAGCACGCCGGUCGAGGAAGUGCGGACUGUUAUAAGAUUUGUGACAAACAAAACAGACAAACAAGUCAUGAGGCCCAUGGUGUCGUUGCCUUCCACCUCUGAAACAGCAGCUGCCUCUGCUUUUCUCAGCUCACCCGUAUCAGCCAAAAUCUCUUCCUUAAUGCUACCCAACAGUGCCAGCAUCUCAUCUCCAUCAUCCUCCUCCUCCAGGUCGCCGUCGCUGUCUCCCACCUCACCCCUCCCUUCAGAGCACAGGAGCCUCUUCUUUGAGUCCAGUUGCCAUGACUCAGAUUCCCUCGAGCCGCUGAACCUCUCCUCGGGCUCCAAGGCGAAGUCGCCAUCUCUUCCCCCAAAGGCUAAGAAACCCAAAGGCUUGGAAAUCUCAGCCCCACCUAUGGUUCUUUCCAGCACCGAUAUCGGUUCCAUUGCCCUCAACAGCCCUGCUCUUCCUUCGGGAUCUCUGACUCCAGCUUUCUUCACUGCACAGACCCCAAGUGGAUUAUUGCUGACCCCGAGCCCGCUGCUGUCCAGCAUCCAUUUCUGGAGCAGCCUCAGCCCCGUUGCUCCUCUGAGUCCUGCCAGGCUGCAGGGACCCAACACUCUGUUCCAGUUUCCAACUCUGCUAAAUGGUCACAUCCCAGUGCCGCUCCCCAGUCUGGACGGAGCCUCUUCUCCAGUACUGCUUUCACCGAACGCCCAGAAAUCCUGAUGGUGCCUCAUGCGUUAAGGACGUUUGGUGGAUUUAACACUUCAUUCCUAUGGGCUAGUUUAUUCCUGUGUCAUGAGAAGGACAUCGUGAAACCCUCUGUUACUUUGGUUUGCACUUUUCAUUACAUGGAUAGUCUACUUUUAUUACGUUAGUGUUUUUAAACAGUGUUUAUAUAUAAAAGUAUAUAUAAAUCUGUUUUGCAUUAAAUGAAUUAUAAUUUUUUUAUAUCAUAGCUCUCAAGUGUUGAACACUUCUGUUGUUGAUGAAGUACUUUUCCGUAAUGGAUUGCAACAAUGUAUCUAAUAAGGAUGUGAAGCUUCUUUUUAAUACCUUUUUCUGCCUAUUACGCAUUGUGCUUGUGUAAACUAUAACCGGCUGUGCCUUCUUUUGCAUAAUGUCAUGUAAAUGAUUUAUAUAUUUUCUAGUAUUAAGAUGAAAAGUUGAAAGACAAAACUAGUAUUGAGCAGCCCUACGGUAGGAUGUCAGUAUUUUCUCCACGGAUAGGCCAUACGAUGCAGCGUAUUCAUGUAACUUUGUAUUAAGUGCUUUCAAGUUGUAUAAAAAUAGCCUUAUACUUUUUCUUUGCUGAAGUGAAAAAUGUAAUACACGUUACAGUCAGGAGAUGUGUUCGGGAGUAACAAAGCCACAUUUACACAUGAAUUCGUCUGUGGAAUUGCAGCAGGGAAGAACCAAGCCGCGUGUACUCGUGAGACAUUGCCAGCAUUUGAAAGUCCUUCUGUCGGAAAGGAGACAUGGCUCAGAAUUUGUCUGGCCCAUAUGUCUUACGAAGCAUCAGCGCUGCAGCUGGAAAGCCUGCAGGUAGCCUGUCCUCCCACAGUGAGGAUCACUCCCACCAGUUCCCCGGUGCUUUGUUUCGACGUGCCAAGUGCCUUCUACCACUUCCCUGGAAGGAUCCUUCUUGCUAAUGGCUCAAGGGUCACAUUUCCCCUUCCCCCGCAGCUGGAGAAGUUAGAGGACUGCAAAUGUCUGCUGCUUGUCAAGAGGCAUACUGUACUGUGCACAUCUGGCAUGUUUAUGUAGAAACAUCUCAAUUCUGGAUGAAAAAGAGCAGCACUGUGUUACCAUAUACUUGCAAUUUGAACUUAGUAGGUAUGUCCUCUGCCUUGAGGUGAUGGCUGAGUCAUCUAAAUGCCAGGUUAGGAUGAGGCCAGACUUCCUGGCACCGCAGAUACUAAUCUUGGCAGGGCUCGUGCAAAUCAUCCCGUUUUCUGAGGCGGCUAAAUUGGGUUGAAUGCUGUUUUGCUACUAGGUCUUUCAGAUGAGACCUCCCGAAACCAAACCAAAAUGAGAAUCACGUUUGCUCCAGGUCAGUAGAGCCUCUGCCUUAUUUCCUGGCCAAGCAGCUGGUCGCAAGUCUGUGUGUUUUGAAACCUAUGCAGUGAGUUGUCUGCUGAUUCUCUGCUUGGAUGCAUUUCAUUGAUGAUGUGUGUAGCUAAUUGUAAAGUGCUUUUGGAUCCUUCAAACUGAAAGGUGCUAAAUAAACAUUUUAUUACUG